GUCUUUGAGCGCUGCGCAUCGCACAUAAAGUCAGCCAUUCAUUGUAUGGAAUCUGCUAUCUAUUUAGCCUCGAAUAAGGCUUCGAAGAAAUCCUUAUUAAUGAAUAUAGCAAGCUAUAAGCUGAAAAAAAGAUCUCUUCUCAUUAUACAUCACUCAUGAACUAGUCAAUCAUUCCAAUUUAAUAAUCGAAGCAUUGAUGUAGAUGAGUUAGAAAAUCCUUUAUCCGAAUAUGAAAAAAUGUGUUCUAAAUUUGAAUAUCAUGUUAAACAGAAAUUCUUGCUUUAAUAUUUGUGAAAUAUAUUAAUUGAUUUUAGAUUGUUUAUGCUAAGAAACUAACACAAUGUUUGUUGAAUAGACAUUGGCAAUGUAUGAAAGAAAAUACUUCAAAGCAAUAAAUGACAAAAAGUGUUUUUAAAUAAUGUAAAAGCUUAAUUUCUAUAAACUGUUGACCUGUUACAGAUCUUGUUCGUAUAAGUCUACAAAUACUGACAUUAUCAUUGCAAAUAUUAUUUAGAGUUUCCUUGUACUCGCGACUAUGCAUUUAAAACUUUGGUGCAAAAGUUAUUUCGGCAGUUUGUGUUAAAGUGUAUAAAUUUGUAAACAGUCUCUGAAAAUCUCUUCAUAAUGUUUAUGUGAAAAGUGUGUAACUUAUGAAAUAUGAGUUUUCAUGGAAAAGUAAUCUAACAGUCAGACUUAUACUGGUUAAUAACUUGACUCUUGUAAUAUACGUAAUAAGAGUUUUUCACCAAGAAGUAAUGUGACUGAAUACAGUCAUGUUCAUACUGCUGUGAAGCCUCAUUCCUGUAGCAUAUGCAAUAACAGUUUUUCCCAUAGAAGUUACAUGACUAAACGAAAUCGUGUUCAAAUGGGUGAUAAACCUUUUUCGUGUAGUAUAUGUAAUAAGAGUUUUUCACAAAGAAUUAAUCUAACUAUGCACAAUCGUGUUCAUACUGGUGAGAAACCUUUUUCUUGUAGUAUAUGUAAUAAAAGUUUUUCAAACAGAAUUAAUCUGACUCAUCACAGUUAUGUUCAUACUGGGGAGAAACCUUAUCCUUGUAGUUUAUGUAAUAAGAGUUUUUCACAAAGAAUUAAUCUAACUAUACACACUCGUGUUCACACUGGUGAGAAGCCUUUUUCUUGCAGUAUAUGUAAUAAAAGUUUUUCAAACAGAAGUAAUCUGACUCAUCACAGUUAUGUUCAUAAUGGGGAGAAACCUUAUUCUUGUAGUAUAUGUAAUAAGAGUUUUUCACAAAGAAUUAAUUUAACUAUACACACUCGUGUUCACACUGGUGAGAAGCCUUUUUCUUGUAGUAUAUGUAAUAAAAGUUUUUCAAACAGAAGUAAUCUGACUCAUCACAGUUAUGUUCACACUGGUGAGAAACCUUUUUCUUGUAGUAUAUGUAAUAAGAUUUUUUCAAACAGAAGUGAACUGACUAAACACAGUUAUGUUCAUACUGGUGAGAAACCUUAUUCUUGUAGUAUAUGUAAUAAGAGUUUUUCACAAAGAAUUAAUCUAACUAUACACAACCGUGUUCAUACUGGUGAAAAACCUUUUUCUUGUAGUAUAUGUAAUAAAAGUUUUUCACAAAGAAGUUGUCUGUCAAGACACAGUUAUGUUCAUACUGGGAAGAAACCUUAUUCUUGUAGUAUAUGUAAUAAGAGUUUUUCACAAAGAAUUAAUCUAAUUGUACACACUCGUGUUCACACUGGUGAGAAACCUUUUUCCUGUAGUAUAUGUAAUAAGAGUUUUUCAAACAGAAGUGAUCUGACUAAACACAGUUAUGUUCAUACUGGUGAGAAACCUUAUUCUUGUAAUAUAUGUAACAAGAGUUUUUUACAUAGACAUGAAUUGACUGAACACGAUCGAGUUCACACUGGUGAGAAACCUUUUUCCUGUAGUAUAUGUAAUAAGAGUUUUUCAAACAGAAGUGAUCUAACCAAACACAGUCGUGUUCAUACUGGUGAGAAACCAUUUUCCUGCAGUAUAUGUAAUAAGAGUUUUUCACAAAGAAGUAGUCUAACUGAACACUAUCGUGUUCACACUGGUGAGAAACCUUAUUCUUGUAGUAUAUGCAAUAAAAAAUUUUCAUAUAGAAAUUGUCUGACCGAGCAUUUUCGUGUUCAUACUAGUGAGAAACCUGAUUCUUGUUGUUAAUUCUUAGAGUUUAUCUCUAUAAAGGAAUUUUAUGCUCAUUGUUCUGUUCAUACUACCGACUAACUUUUUUUUUUGUAAGAUUAUUCACAUAAUGUUUAAAUACUACCAUAACUUGUAUAUAAGUAUAAUAUUAUGUUCAUAAGGAUAGUAUAACCUGAUAAAUAAACCUGUUCAUGAGUA